AUGUCGUUGAGAACGCUCCUGUCCAAGGCAGGUCCUCGAACCGCUCAUCGUCGACACAGCAGCAUUCUCGAAGAUGCCAACGAGGACUCCGAAAGUACCAUGGCUGGGGCUCACAGCCGUGGGGAUUCGCUGAAGAGAUUGAGUCUGGGUUUAUCUCGCACCAACGAAGAGCCCUUUCAGCCGUUCUUCACUCACGAACCAGAAGAGACAAAUCCACGCCCCAUUUCCCCUCAAGGUGGCGAGGCAUCCGACCAUUUAGCCGGGUCCAAAAGCGCAAGUACCCCGGCUGCGAUCUCUAGGGCACGAGUUGCACCAUCACGAGCUCCCAGAACGAGUGACGGUCUUGACGGAGAUGCCCUUGCGCUCAAACCACAGAGGUUUCCGCUACUUGGUACGAGGCAUGCUUCAGACUCGCAAUUGUCGAUGAGGUUUAGAAAACAAGAGCCCCCGGCUUCGCAAGACGCUGCUCCGCCGAAAAUCAUCACCACAGCCCCAACUCAUGACUUCGACGACACCACCCAAAAGAGACCCAAACGCAAGUUGUUUAGCCGAUCACCCAGUUUUUUCCGCGACCAGCAUAUCCAAGAGGAACCGCAAAAGACCGCCGACGGGGAAAAUCGUAUAAGUUCUACAAACACACCCUCAGUACCGGAGUCGAGUUCCUACGAGCGGUUGCCGCGACCAACGGCACUCAAUGGAGCCAUGGCACCCCCUGCCUAUGGUGAUGAAUCCUCCUCCUCGCUGGCCAUUCCAGUGACCCGACUUUCCGACUCCUCUCGUUCCGAUGACAGUUCUGGAGACCACCACGUCUACGCUAAGACUACCACGACUCAUACGAUUUCGACCACCACGACCUUCUUCAAGCUCAAGAGGCGGAAUAAGAACAAGGGUCCACUGUUUCCAUUGCCAGAAAGAUUUGCAAACUCUACGAUGGGUCGGACGAACAAUUCUCAUACCCACCAAGAGCCUCAACAUGAGAGGAAAUCCAUGUCGCCUAGCAGGAAAUCCACAACAACAGUCAGAUUUGACACCGCACAGAGUCGUCAAGGCUCCGCAGAGGCUUCGCCAAUUCACUCGACCGUUGCGCUUACAAACGCACCGUUUGGAUCGCCGGGCCCAACUAUCAUGCGUCAAAACUCGACAUGGUCGACCCAUUCCGGUCGUUCUACUCCGUCCGUAACGCUGGUGCCUCCUCAGUCGAGUGGCAGGGGGCGCUCCUCCACCCUGAGCUCGCUCGGAAGACAGUCUGUGGAGAGAUUGCCAGAUGCUGUGCCCCAAACGGCAUCGGCAAGGACUUCAACGUCCACAAGUGGAAGGAGGAGUUUUGGUGAUCUUCUAUCGCUACCUCAUCGGCUCCGUCAGAAUUCUGCCCCACCUCCCCGACACGGGCCGGCCUCAUAUCCUGGCACGCCAGGUUCAAAGUCCAAUUCACUGCACAUCCCCCGAGAACCCGAGCCCGAACGGGUCUACCCGCGAAGGGAGGACGACGACACUCCUGCAAGCUACGUGGAAAAGCUUGAAGCUGCCGUCCCCAGAGGUGCAAUGGCAACUAUUCUCUGCAAAAGCGCUGAUGACUUCUCCAAGACAUGCCUGCGCAAGUAUAUGCGGGGCUUCUCAUAUUUUGGCGACUCAAUUGACAUGGCUAUUCGGAAAAUGCUGAUGGAAGUAGAAUUGCCUAAAGAGACCCAACAGAUCGACCGGUUGCUGGCCGGGUUUUCGGACCGCUAUUACGAGUGUAACCCAGGGAUCUUUUCUUCGACCGAUGAGACGGCUUUUGUUGCGUUCUCCAUCCUGCUGUUACACUCAGACACACACAACAAGAACAACAAGCGGAAGAUGCAGAAGCAUGAUUACGUCAAGAAUACUCAGCAAGGCCCGGUACAUAUCUCCAGCGACAUCCUAGAGUGCUUCUAUGACAAUGUGUGCUACACUCCUUUUAUUCAUUUUGAGGACGAAAUCGCUAUCAACAGCCACCGCCUGGCCGCCCCCAAACAGAAGAAGAGCUUGAUUCGAACCCGGAGUCUGGACAACCUGCGUGGGCCUGUUGACCCAUACAUUCUGAUCCUAGACAACAAGCUGGAUGUGUUGCGGCCCUCUUUGAAAGACGUGAUGGAAACCGAAGACUGCUACUGCUCCACGGGAACGGUUGGCAGCCUCGAGACAAAUGACAUCCACAACGCCUUCCUCAAUUCUGCCGUGCUGCAGAUUGUAUCUGCAAGGUCCAGGCCCGAUGCUUUCUCAACUCAAGCUACAAUCAGCAAUCCAGGAGAGGCACAGGCCGGAUUGGUCAGUAUCAAGGUCGCCAAAGUUGGGUUGCUGUGGCGUAAAGACCCCAAGAAGAAAAAGGCGAAGCGCCCAUGGCAAGAAUGGGGGGUCAUCUUAACGGACUCCAAGUUGUACUUUUUCAAGGACGUGGGCUGGGUCAAGAAGCUGAUCAGUCAAUAUGACGCCCACUCUAAGUCGGCCAACAAUGACGGGCCUUUGGUCUUCAAGCCCCCAAUGUCAUCCUUCGAACCAGAUGCGCUCAUGUCAAUGGACGACGCUGUGGCUUUGCUAGACACAAGCUACAAGAAGCAUAAAAACGCAUUCGUCUUCAUCAAGCACGGAGGCUUCGAGGAAGUGUUUCUCGCCAACACCGAGUCCGAGAUGAACGACUGGAUCGGCAAAUUGAACUAUGCUGCCGCUUUUCGCACCGCAGGCGUCAGGAUGCGCGGCCUGCUCAGCUCUAAUCAUGAAGCGCGACAGGUCGUCCGCAAUGACUCCGACUUUCCAACCAAAAGCGAACAUUAUUAUCAGAAGGACCUGAGGGUGGACCCUCAAGCGGCAUGGGAAAUCAAGUACUAUCGCCGGCAAAUUCUGCAUAAGAGAAUCAGCGAUUUUGACGACAAGGUUUCUGUCGCUCAGAAGGAAUUGGACAACCUUCUCCGCAAUGCCCGACAUCUGCUUAUUCUCUUGCCGAUCCAGCAGAAGACGCGGGAGGCUUUGGUCCUAGCUGCUGGCCGCAUGUCAGCCAAGCUGAAGUGGACGAGGGUGGAAUUGUGGAGAGCAAGAACUCAUCGUGAUAUCCUGGCCAAAGAUUUGGAGCAGGAGGGAGUAACGGCUUUCCCAAUUCCUCGUACGUUGUCAACGUCAACGCCUCAAAAGACCACUCCGUUAAAAACAGGCCCGGAAAUUUUGGCGCGUAACCCCACCGAUACGAGUCAUAUGACUUUGUCUCCAGUUAGUGCAACUUCUCCCAAGCCUGUCAAUCUUAUAGAAAGACUCAAGACCUCGGAGAGCGAGGGCCACCAACAGGAGACGAGCCCACAUGAUCUUUCGUCCACCAGGAGCCCUUCAGUGUCUGAGCAUGUUUUGCCGAGACAAGAGAGCAAUGCAGACUCUCGUUCCCUACUCCAUCAGGUAUCCAUGACAAGCUCGCAUCAUAGCCGAGAUAGGGAACACUUGGUCAGAAGCGCGGAGGAUGGUGAAGAACAAGCCUGGCGUGAAGCAGGCUUAUUCGGGACUGACAGCCAUGUUUCCAAGGAGAAGCGGCCGGACACAAGCGAAUCGGAACGAGAUCGUCUAGCUGCUAUUGCGACUCCGACCGAGGGAUCAAAGAUUGGCAGUGUUCGAAGAAGUCUCCACCGCAGCUUACGUGAAGGUCCUCUGCGUGAUGGUCACCACCAUUCACCGAGCAUCCAUCGGCACCGGAAGGGAAGAGAGUCAGGAUCCAGUUUCACUGGCACCGACGACGGCGGAAGGUCAGUGCAGAGCGAAGUUGAGGAACUCAAACGGGGUACCGGAAGUUUCAUUCUGCAUGGUAAGAAAGCUAGCGUUAUCACCAUGUCAUCGGAGUGGCAGACCCUGUCGAACGAGGACGGUUUAUUAUUGAGGAAAGCCAUGCGUGACGGAGAUGAGAAAGAGAUGCGUUCGACGGUUCAAGACGAAGACGAGGAAGCAGUGGAAACAGCCAGCAAUGUCUCGAGGCAAACCGAGUAUCAGUACGGGUCGUUGAACUCGAGCCGUAAGCAAAGCAUCGCAACCACAGCGGACGAACAAUUUGUCGAUGCUGAAACAGGCAACGGAUGA